GCCUUGCAAUAUUUUCACUAUAUAUAUAUAUAUAUACUUAGAUACAUAGGUAUCCGCGUUUAAAAUUGCGAGCAAAAAUCAGCAAGCAUCCUAACUCAAUAGAUUAUGAUGACAAGAAGAGCAAAACAUUAUAGUAGAUAGUUACAAUGAAAUCUUCAUUGGGCUUAGUUGCUAACGGUUUGCGGACAUGUAUCUACCAACUACCAGGCUGGGUGAAUGUGGGCGUUUUAAGAGAGAGCUUUGACUAUCCUUUAUAUAGAUAUGACCGUAGCUCAGUGUUUCCUUGCGGUUUUCCUUGUUCACACAUGCAUAUGGAUGGCCGGAAUGUCGUCUUGCACGAUAUGGGUUCUGAUCAGCGGGUUUGCUUGAUUCUAACUUCGGUUCAGCGCGUGUCUUUGGAUUUGGCCGUCGUUCAAAAGGAGAAGAGUGUAGCGGACGAAUUUGGCGAGCCCGUUGAGUUGAGGAGUCGGUGCAGUGAUGGGGCAAUUGGUCCGCACAAUGAAAAGUCUGAGUGGCUGGAGUCAGAAGCCAGUGAGCGGCGCAUUAGCAGCAGAGUUGCAAAGAGAUACGAUGAAGCCAGCAUCAAAGAGUGUAGCAGCGAUCCUAGUGAGUCUGUGUAUGAGCCUAGGUGUAGUUCGUUCGUCGAAGAUUGCGCGUGGGAUGAUAGUUGUGGGCUAGACAGCAACAGACUCACGAAUAGGCCUGAUACCAAUGCGCUGCCUGUUAACAGGUCUGUCAGCGAUAGGCCUGGCGGGUGGUCUGGCGACAGAGCAGGUGGCGGGUCGAACAAGGACGUGCCUAGCGAAGGGCCGAGCGGUGGUGGCGAUGGGUCUGAUGAUGGCAGUGGUCCCAGUGGGUCUGACGACGGUGGGUCUGACGACGGUGGGUCUGACGACGGUGGGUCUAACGACGGUAGGUCUAACGACGGUGGGUCUGAUGGGUCUGACAGGUCUGACAGGUCUGACAGCAAUGGUUCUAAUGCACCUCCUGAUGCCGGCGCCGACAGAGGCGAAUCUGGUGGAUCUGGCAGCGGCCCUAGCAAAGACGGCGGAGCUGGUAAACCCAACAACGAUCCUAACAGAGACGAAUCUGGUAAGCACAAUGGCAACCCUGGCAAAAGAGAGUCUGACAAACGCAACGGCGACCCUAACGGCGACGAGUCAGCGACGUCCGACAAGGACCAGGACGGCGACGGUUCCAAUAGAUCCGAUAAUAGUUCUGAGGGCGGGCCCGAUAAUGACAAAUCUGAGGUCGGCGACAGAUUUGAUGGAGGGCUUGGUGAUAAACGCGGUUCGGCGCUAGGGGGUGCUGGUUCCGAGAAUGGCGGGUGCGGUAGUGAAACGCGUGAUGGUGAGUUCGACAAUGGGCGACGCGGCGAGGGGGGAGAGGGCUUUGGAGGGCGGUCGAAGGAGGUCAAGGAACCAAGGCCCGCGCCAAUCGAACAGCGGACGGACGGUUUAUCGCAAGAUUUUCGCAGAAACAGCAGGAUAGCGUCUGGGAGGAGGAACAAUAGAGCAUCUGUUCGGUCUUUUGCCGAUGGCCGGGGUUUUGGUUAUGCCGCGCCACACUCGGCAUUGGAGACCAGAAUCGAUGUCAGGAGCAUUGGCAAUAGGCAGGUGAAGAUGAUAGCUUACGGAAGUGAAAGGACGCCUCUGUGUCUGGUGAAUGCGCACCACAACAGCCAUGUGCGUGGGUCAUAUAGACUGGACUUGCAGAAUAAGGCGCCGGUGCAGUCGGAGAAGUUAGCCAAGUUACAGGCUGUGUUUUUGAAGCCUCCAGACGCGGGUCGCAACGAGCCGGUGAAUGCGGCCCGAAGGAGUCAAGCAGUUGUGGUUCAUGGCCGUAAAAGUAGGCUCUACAGAGGUGCCUCGGGUAAUGAGGAGGGGAGUGGUUCAGACGCGGCCAGACAUAGAUAUACGACUCAUUUUCCCGAUACUGGGAAGACGCCGGGCGCUGGAGUACCGAGGGGGGCAAGAGGCAUGCAAGAUGGCGGGAAGUGGGGCCGAUCCAGAAAUUUUGGCUACAGCCUCGUCGGACCGUGUGCGAAGGGCGCCUCGCGUGAUUUACCUGGCGAGAACGACGUUCGUCCUGUUGUUGGGUUGUCGGGUGCUGCGGAUGCCCGUCGGCUAGGCGGGUCUGGCGCGGCGAGCGGUGCCGAGAGUUGCGGUUUCGAACAGGGUCCGACUGGUUUGGACGAAGUGCGUUUAGAGAGGGAGUUGAGAGACGUUGAGGCGGGCCGUUUGGCAUUAGCCGUCGAGCCGUCGUCGACUGGUUCCGGGGCUGAGACGGAUGCGAGCGUUCCGGUCGUUUCGAGCGAGGGAGGCGAUGGUGCUGGAGAGCGGGAGGUCGGCGCGGCGAGUGGGGGGGCGUUUGAGUUGGUGGGUGCUGAGGGAGAGGGCGCCGCUGGCGUGUUGGGAGAAGGCGAACGCUAUGGAGAGGAGGACGCGGAUGCUGAGUUGGGAGGUGGCGUGGAGCGUCAAGAGAGUGGCGCAGAUGUGGAGGAGCGUAGUUUGUUUGCGUCGGUGGUAGAGGGCGAGGUGGCAGAAAUGAUACGCGGCUUGGCGAGUGGCGCGGGUCCUGAGGUGAAGAAGGAGGUUGAGUCGGUUUUGGAGGACAGCGGGGCGACGGGGGGGGGGGAGUGUCGUGGUGAGCGAUCGAGGCGAGAGAGAGCAGCUGGACGCGGCGCUGGGUGGAGUUGA